GUCGUAACUCGUGACACAUAAGAAAAACGGGCUUCUCAACUUAUUAUUAGGUGGCACCCAUGUGAUUGAUUAUUCAACUAUCCAAACCCACAACAGCUUAUCUAUUUCCGAGUCAACUCACCAAAAAUCCCGAGUCACUACUCAAACUCACUCGUUCUUCGCUUUCUCACAAUCCUCUUCACCAUGAACCACCGCAAAUCCAUUUCCGAUCAAACCACAACCUCUUAAUUGAAAUCGAAGCAAAAAAUAAAAAUAAAAAUAAAAAUAAAAAUGAUGAAUCAAGAUCACGUUCUUCGCGCUUCUCAAGAUGACGAAAUGGAGUCUUUGGUUCUUCACGACGACAACGACUCCUCCGGUAAUUCUCAACAACCGCAAAGCCCUAAAUCCCCUUUCAAUUCGUUUCUUGAUCCUCCCUCUUACGCCGAAGCAAUCUUCACUUCGUUCGAUUCCAACGGUCAUGAUCAAACCCUAGAACCGUCGCCCCGAUCCGGAUCCGAAUCCGAUUACAUCCAAAUCAUGGUUUCCGAUCCUCAAGAGGAGCAAGAGCUAACAAACUCGCUCGUUCCUGGUGGAACCACCUACCAUACUUACCUCAUCACGACGAGAACCAAUAAGCCCGAAUUCGGCGGUGUAGGAUCCGAGUUCAGUGUAAGGAGAAGAUUCCGGGAGGUUGUUACAUUAUCGGAGCGGUUAUCGGAGGCGUAUCGUGGUUACGUGAUUCCGGUGAGGCCGGAGAAGAGUUCGGUGGAGAGGAAAGUCAUGCAGAAGGAGGAGUUUGUUGAACAGAGGAGAGUUGCUUUGGAGAAGUAUUUGAAGAAGUUAGGGUCACACCCUGUGAUUGGGAAGAGUGAGGAAUUGAAAUUGUUUUUGGAAGUUCAGGGGAAGUUACCGUUGAUGAGGAGCACCGAUGUUGCGUCCAGGAUGCUCGACGGAGCGGUGAGGCUUCCUCGGCAGCUUUUUGGUGCUGAGCCUGUUGCUGUUGAUUUGAAUGAUGUGGUUCAGCCUGCUAAGAGUGGGAGGGAUUUGCUUAGGAUUUUCAAGGAGUUGAAACAGUCUGUUACUAAUGAUUGGGGUGCUGCUAAGCCAUUGGUUGUUGAAGAAGAUAAGGACUUUAUGGAGAAGAAGGAUAAGUUGAUGGAGUUUGAACAACAACUUAGCAAUGUAUCUCAGCAGGCUGAAUCCCUUGUCAAGUUUCAGCAAGACAUGGGUGAAACAAUGGGUGAGCUGGGGUUGGCUUUUGUGAAACUUACUAAAUUUGAGACUGAAGAAGCCCUUUUCGAAACUCAGAGAGUACGAGCUGGUGACAUGAGAAACGUAGCAACUGCAGCUGUCAAAUCAAGCAGGUUAUAUAGAGAGCUGAAUACGCAAACAAUCAAACAUCUGGAUAAACUACAUGAAUAUCUUGGGACAAUGCUAGCCAUCAACAAUGCAUUUUCCGACCGAUCAAGUGCAUUGUUGACGGUUCAAACACUCUCAUCAGAACUAGCUUCUUUACAUUUGCGGAUUGAGAAGCUUGAAGUUGCCUCAUCCAGAAUAUUUGGCGGAGACAAGUCUAGAAUGCGGAAAAUUGAAGAGUUGAAAGAAGCUGUUAGAGUAACUGAGAGUGCAAAAAAUUGUGCAGAUAGAGAGUAUGAACGAAUCAAGGAAAAUAACAGGAGUGAGCUUGAAAGAAUUGACAAGGAGAGGCAAACUGACUUCCAAAGCAUGCUGCGAGGGUUUGUUGUCAAUCAGGCAGGCUAUGCAGAGAAGAUGGCUGCUGUGUGGGAGAAGCUUGCGGAAGAAACAGCUACAUACUCAAGAGACAGCAGCUAAAAUGUACUUGGCUGUAAAUUUUUGUUUUCAUCCUUUUAUGCUACUUUCUAGAUUUUUAUUCCAUUAGGUUUUUAAUCAUAUGUAGUAUAAAGAUACUCUGAACAUUUGGCAAACAUAAUUUUAACUAACCAGAGUUGUACAUGCAAGCACAUAUUAUUGUUUAUUGACGUUCAAUUUUUCAAUGUUGAAAUGGUCGAUAUUUCAACGUGGAAA